CGUUGCAACAUCAUGCAAGAGAUUGCACACAUGAAAAUAUGAUUUUUAGUGUCCUUCUGUUGAUACUUCAUGAAUGAACCCACGUGACCAAACAUGACGUCUGGCUCCGCGAUACAAGGGAAUGUAGAGAAAGGAAUCAACAAGGAGAAACGAGCGGGAUUUAAAACGCAUGCUUGUCUGCCAGUCACAAUUGUAGUAGCUACGUUCAAGUUGACCUUUUUAUUACACAAUAGACGACGUUAAGAACUAUACAAAAACAUCAAGUUUGACCAACAAGUGGUGUUGUUGGAAGCGGCUCUCGUGGCAUGACUACUACAAACAAGGGAAACAAAGCCUUGAAGGUGAAGAAGGAGCCAGGGGAGAAUGGGACCAGCCUCACGGACGACGAACUGGUGACCAUGUCUGUCCGGGAGCUCAACGCUCACCUCCGCGGCCUCACCAAGGACGAAAUCCUGCAGCUCAAGCAGCGGCGCCGCACCCUGAAGAACCGUGGCUACGCCGCCAGCUGCCGCGUCAAGCGGGUCACCCAGAAGGAGGAGCUAGAGAAGCAGAAGACAGCGCUGCAGCUGGAGGUGGACAAGCUGGCCACAGAGAACGCCACCAUGAAGGUGGAGCUGGACUCGCUACGCUCCAAGUACGAGGCCCUGCAGAGCUUCGCCAGGACUGUGGCGCGCAGCCCGGCCGUAGCCUUAACCCCAGGGGGUCGGGGGGUCAUGGGGCCCCUGGUCCCUGGGAAGGUGGCCACGGCCACCAGCGUCAUCACCAUCAUCAAGUCCAAGACGGGAGCCAGGUCGUAGUAUCGGGGCUGGGCUGCGUGGAGAGUUAUCAGACUAAUGAAACAACGUGUACUAUAGUCAGUGUAUCAUCAUGGAGCACAGGAUUAGUUCCCUUGUCUGUCUUUUGGGCCCCCCCCCAGACCUUUGUACCAGCUAGUAACACUCUUUCAAUUGGCCAGCAGCAGAGGCCACACCAACCCUUAUCAGACAGCCUUUAGUAGUAUAAACCAUACUUCCAUUCUGCCUUGGCACCAACCCUUAUCAGACAGCCUUUAGUAGUAUAAACCAUACUUCCAUUCUGCCUUGGCACCAACCCUUAUCAGACAGCCUUUAGUAGUAUAAACCAUACUUCCAUUCUGCCUUGGCACCAACCCUUAUCAGACAGCCUUUAGUAGUAUAAACCAUACUUCCAUUCUGCCUUGGCACCAACCCUUAUCAGACAGCCUUUAGUAGUAUAAACCAUACUUCCAUUCUGCCUUGGCACUGUACAAGCAGAAAUACAUACACCAGAGGAGGCUGGUGGGAGGAGCUAUAGGAGGACGGGCUCAUUGUAAUGGCUGGAAUGGAAUAAAUAGAACAGUAUCAAACACAUGGAAAGCACAUGUUUGACUCUGUUCCAUGAAUUCUAUUCCAUCCAUUACAAUGAGCCUCCGCUGGACUAUACACAUCCUUCCUCUAUAGUGUAUUUUCACAUACUGAUUCCAAAAGGUUAAAGGUCACGUGAGUCCAGGAAGGUCGUACGACGUAGCCCAAUCCAUAAUUGAUGUCACUCCAUCUGGUGUUGGAAUUGGAGCUCUCGAUGGAGUUGUGUGUUUUUGUACAUGGUACUAAGUGUUUGAGUGUUUGUUUGUUUCCUACAGAUGGCCCCUCUUUGAGUCUUUUCCGUCCCGACACAGGGUUGUGAUGUGGAAAUGCACUCUUUCAUAACUACUAGCCACCAACAGUCUAGCCACACCCGGUUGGCAUUAUGCUUCAAGUUCUUAGCCCUCUCUCCGUAUCACAAGUGGAGAAAGAGUGAUUGCAGUUAGCAACAAGCCUGGGCCUGUUAGAAUACACUGACUAUGAGAAGAGGGAAAUGCACUGUAUGGUAUUGAUGUCUUGUGAGCAACCUUCAGUAAGGACUAGUAACUCACCCAUCAGACCAGUUCAUGUGAUUUUAGUUGGUAAAAAAAAACUAAACAGGAAAUUCUGUUAAGUUGAGCAUUUAUUUAGGUUCAGGUCAGCCUGUCACAGAAUUUGACCAACAGGAGAUGCAAUAAUACACACAUGCACUGACAAAUAGGAAGUUACAUAGUGUAAUGUAAGGGGAAUGAGUCGAUCUGAUCUGAAAAAUAAUACGAUAGCCUACUUGGUAUGGGAUGAUAAUUAUAAUAAUAAUAAUAGGUGUGAUGUUGGAGUUGACAAUGCCAUUCCAGGAUUACAAGAUUGUUUCUUUCUCCAGUAUCUGAGAAGCUGAAUGUUUUUACAAGAUCUUGUGAUGAUUAUGUUUUGUGGAGGACAUUUUUUUUUUUAUCCUCAAAACAUUUAAAACUCAAUCUGUGCUCCAUCGAGUAAAUAAGUUGGAACUGUUUUGUAAAUAAGUAGUUUUUUUUGUGCGUAUGUAAUAACAUGUGAACUGGCUGGUCACAUAUUCCAAAAUAAUAUUCACACAACGAGCUUUACUGUUUAGUUGUCAACGUGUGUGUAUUCUAGAAGUCGUUGACUUAAGAGUUCUUGAUUUGCAUUGAUGCAUAGACGAGCAUCUGCCGUUGUUUAUAGAAACACUGGAAAAGAAAACUUCAGACAAAAAAACCUGUGAUAUCCUUUUUUGCAAUUGUACCAAAAGUGGCUUACUAUUGGAGGCUGGUAGCUUUUUCUAGUGACUAGGCGCGUACUGUGUGGGGUAGCGCGUGACGUGAUGUGUAUAAGUGACAGUUGGCAGUGUUGUUCACUGUAUAGAUGUCAUGCCGUGGUAUUUUCUAUAGGAAUCUGUAAUAGAGAUAAUAUAGCUGGUGUAAACAUCAUCUAUUGUCUUCAUCCAUAUUGGCAUCUGUGAUAUCUCUUCCACUAGCUGUGAUUCACAAAUGUUUUUGUCAUUGCGACGUUAUUACUGUCGACGUUAUUACUGUCGACCGAGCAGGCAUAGGGGUAAGAUAAGGCCCUUGGUUCAUUUUGAAUCCCAGUUAAGUGGCCCUCCUCCCCUCUCAUUGGUUUCAAUUCCAGGGGAACAUCACCUCUGAUUUAGAUUCAACUGUUAUUGUCUUAUCCAUUUACCAAAGGGGACUACUUGCAAUUUGCGAAGGGAUAAUAGCCUCACAAUUGACUUUUUCAAAGACUAAGCAAAAUCAAAAUCUUUGACACUCUCUUACCGUGUAGCCAAGCAUUGUAAAAGCUCUCCUUGAAUAAAUAACUUCUUCUCAUUCUAACUAUGAGAAGGGAGGCUCAGCAUGCAGCUUUAUACAGGUGACUAAUAACAGGUCAUCUCCUGACUGUCAGGUUGUGUUCAUGGUUUUUGUGAGGGUAAACAUGCACUAAUCUCCAGCUUGUUCUGCUCAGGAGAAAACAAGUUUGCCCUAAAAAAAUAAACCAUUGCAGCUCUGAGAAGAAGCUGUUAGGGAUGGCACUUGUUGUUGAUAGUCGCUCAUUAACAAUUUUUCUAAAAGGACUUUUUGUUCAGACACCAAAUGAAGAUCUGGAAGAUCAACCUGCUGCCAGUAAUGCUGCUUACAGGCCAAGUGGUCACCCUGUCUUCUGACCCUGUAAGAGGGAUUUAUCAGUAAUCAGUUUUACCUUUAAAAGGUGAUAGUAUCUAUGUAAUGACAUGGGAUAUGUUCCGUAUUUUACAACUUCAUGUCACAUGGUUCCUUGCCCUGAAUAUAUCUAUAUGAGCCUGGAGAAACUGUAUUCCAUGGUUUGAAUUUCUUUAAACAAUAAACCAAUAUAAACUUCACCUAACUUGAUCCUCUGCCAGCUAAAAAUCAAUGGGAGUGAUGGGGGGGCAAAUGUUCAAAAAGUGAUGCCAGAACACCUUUAAGUAACGUAAAAACCAAUCAUCACAGUUUCUCCUGGCUCAUAGACGUCUAUCAGGGUAAGGAUACCACCAGCAUUAAGUUGUGAAUUACUGAACAUAUCCUUUUAAAACAGAGCAGCUGAGAGGAAAAGUUAGGAAGCAGAGAUCUGAAUAUGUCCAAAUGAUCCAGGACCCAGACUGUUAGCCUAUAGCUAGAAUAGUCCAGGAAGGCAGAAGGAACCCACAGCACUUGAAGUUGUAUGGUAGGUAGACCUGAACAGGAGAGAAUAGGUCUACACUCCAGUGUCUAAUAUGCUAUUCCCCACACCUCUGAGCUCACAUCAGAUCAGGGGGCAUCUGAAAUGGACACUUCCCUGCAUUACCAAAAGCAGUGCACUAUAUAUGGAAAAGGGUGCCAUCAGACACAGCCCUAGUAUAUAGUGUAUGUACGCUAAAACAUCCUCACUAUGUCUUCUGAACACACUUAGAUAUUUCCAUUGACUAGAAGAUAAUCCAUGGAUAUAUAUGACUCUUGACAUUCCCCAGUUUGGGUGUUGUCGUUCUUGUUGCUGUGGCAGUCUUGUGGAGUAAACCUUAUUGUGUCUUCACAAUGUUAAAAAGGCAUCCUGACCCAUGACCUUUCUCGCAUAUGUACAGUGAGCACCAUAAUUCAUUGGACAGUGACAUUUUUUGUUUGUUAUUUUGGUUCUGUACUCUAGCACUUUGAGUUUGAAAGGAUACAAUGACAAUGAGGGUGAAGUGCAGACUGCCAGCUUUAAUUUGUGGGUAUUUUCAUAUAUAUUAGAUGAACUGUUUAGAAAUUAUAGAAGUUUUUGUACAUAGUCAACCCCAUUUUCGGGCACCAAAAAACAUUGGGCAGUUUAACAUGAUGUAGAAUAAAGUAAUCAUUGUUAAUAUUUCAUCACAUAUCCUUUGCUUGCAAUGACUGCUUGAAGUCUGCGAUGCAUCGACAUCCCCAGACGCUGGGUAUCUUCCCUGGUGAUGCUCUGCCAGGCCUGUACUGCAGCCAUCUUCAGUUCCUGCUUGUUUCGGGGACUUAUUGCCGUCAGUCUCCUCUUCUGCAUGUUCAAUGUGAUUGACUCGGCCAGUCAAGGAUUUUCCACUUUUUGGCCAUCAAUACCCCUUCUUUGUUCUAGCAAUAUGUUUAGGGUAAUUGUCUUGUUGCAUGAUGAAGUGCCGUCCAAUGAGUUUGGAGGCAUUGGGUUUUAUCUGAGCAGAUAAAAUAUUUCUGUAGACUUCAGAACUCAUUGUUCUAAUUCUGUCUGCAGUCACAUUGUCGAUGAAGCCUGUUCCACUGGCAGCCAUACAGGCCCAAGCCAUAACGCCCCCUCCACCAUGUUUCACGGAUGAGGUGGUAUGCUUUGGAUCAUGGGCAUGUCUUUUUCCUUCACUUUCCUCUUUCCAUCACUCUGGUACAUGUUCAUCUUUGUCUCAUCUGUCCACAAUACUUUUUUUCCAGAACUCUUGGGGCUCUUUUAGGUGCUUUUUAGCAAACUGUAAUCUGGCCUUUCUGUUCUUCAGGCUCAUCAGUGGUUUGCAUCUUGUAGUCUCUCUGUAGUCAUGCUGGUGUAGUCUUCUACGUAUGGUAGACUGACACAUCUACACCUGCAUCCAGGAGAGUGUUUCUGAUCUGUUGGGCUUUUGUCAGGGGGAUUUUCUUCACAAUAGAGAGUAUUCUCCGGUCAUCCACUACAGUGGUCAUCCUCAGACAACCGGGUCUUUUGACAUAAUUUAGUUCACCGGUUAAUUUUUUUCUUGUUAAUGAUGAACCAAACGGUUGACUUGGGCAUGCCCAGGGUUUUUGCAAUGUUCCUGAUUGAUUGAUUUUCAUUUCUGAGCCUUAUGACGGCCAGCCUCAUUUGCAUGGACACUGCCCUCUUCCUCAUGAUGUCACACCCCAACAACAACCUCCAAAGCCAAUAGCAAAGUCUACAAUCAAUACUAUUCAUCAACAGCUCUCCUGCAUUCACUAACGACACCAAUGAAUACACCUGCCUAACGACACAUCUGUGAAGCCAAUUCAACAAACACUUGUACUACCUUAAAAUGGGGGGACCAUGUACAAAAGGUGCUGUCAUUUCUAAACGGUUUAUCCGAUAUGUAUGAAAAUACCCUCAAAUUAAAGCUGACAGUCUGCACUUCACCCUCAUUGUCAUUGUAUCCUUUCAAACUCAAAGUGCUAGAGUACAGAACCAAAAUAACAAACAAAUGGUCACUGUCCAAUGUGGUGCUCACUGUACAUGUAUCUCUUCUGGAGAGGGAGUCUCACACACACACACACACACACACACACACACACACAGGUGUAUAGUAGGUAGCUACUGUAGGUAGUGUUGACCGUCGUGAAAAAGUGACCCUUAUACAUAUGCAAACUCAGUGGACAGGUGUGAGAGUAAAGCUAGAAGAGUAGUCUAUAUUGUUGUAAUAGUGACUGUGGUCUAAUGAUUUUUAUACCAACAGCUCUUGUGUUUUGGAUUGGAAUUCUUGUGGCGUUGUUCUUUUACCCCACACACACACCAAACUGCAGUUGGCCCUUAGUUUAUGUUGGUUAAGGAGAAUGAAAACCAUGGGAACUGCUAGAGGGUACAACUGUUCAGAUAUAAAUACAUUGUGUACAACAGAUAUGAUUACCUGUCAUGAUAGAAUUGGGAAUUGUGUCAGAUCCAUUCGUUUAUAUUUGUAUCUGCAACGUUGUUGAGCGUUCCACCCUCACUGGACACACCCCAGAUGUUCACUCACUGUGAUGCCCGUCUAAAGGGAUUCUAGUCUAGGGGAAGUAGCCCAAUGCCUGACUAACCCUUCUCUAACAGUAGACUUCCCCUGACAGAAACCCCUAAACCCGAACACUAUGGAGUGAUAUUAGAACCAGCAACUGAAUGUGUUCACACAUUGAAUUUCUGUUGUCACAAAUAUCACUCCAUAGAUUAGAAGACUGGUAUUACCUGUCCUAAAGACUAAACCUACAGAUAUUAUACAGUCUAUAGAUGUGUGAUUAUACAAUCUGUAAAACAGGGCGGAAGUUAUGUCCUGAAGUAGAAGAAGUGACCAGGAACACAAUCCUGAGUAACAUAAGGGCCACUUGCAAUUUCUGUUGUCAUUUGUGGUUUGAUUAGUUUGGUUCCUACCAUGCUGCUAAUUCAAUCAUUACUGCUCAUUGUCUCCUGAAACUCUAUUUGUUUGUCUUUGUUCGUUGAAUGUGUAUCUGAUAUUGAUCUUUAAAAACACUGGAAUUAAUUUGUUCUGCAGCAGAUCUCGUUUUUACUUAGUUAUGGCUUUUUGUUUAAAAGCCAGUUGUAUUGGAGAGGAUGAAUAACUUAUCAGCACUUGUGUGACGAUUUGCUAGCUCUAGUAGAGAUAUGUAGGCUUUUUUGAAUCAAAUUAUGCUUGGUGAACAUUUGACUGUGCAGGUAUUUCUCACUCGAGUAUAGGUCUAUGUUUCAAAGGUAUUAAGUCUGAAAAUAAAGCUGUUGGAAGUGUCUGAAUGGUAUAUCAAGUUAUUAUUCAACUGUUUUUGUUAUUUUUCUGUAUGGGUUGUAAUAAGAUAUUGCAGUACUUUGUAUGGAAAACAGAGAAUAGUUAAUUGUAACUAUUUGUAAAUUAUUGUACUUUUUUGCAAUCUGUAGAUAAGUAAUAUGAUGUAUUCAUAUAUAAUGACUGUGGUUUUAACCGUGGUUCUCUGAAAUGUCUAAGUUAUUGAUGUGUGUGUGUAUAUAUAGUAUGUUUGUUGAUACAGCUUACUUUAUUUUCUAUAUGACCAAUAAAAAGGUUUUGAAAAGGAC